AUGGAUCCACCAGAGGAUGACAACCAGCUCAAGGUAUACAUCCACAACACAUCCAAACUCCAGGGAGGAGACACUGGUAGGUGGUUGUGGCGAGUUUACCUGGAACUCAACAAGACUGCAUACAGCAUCCGGCAGGAGACCACCAUUGUGCGAGCCACCAUGCAUCUUCACGAAACGUUCCCCGAGCCCAUUGUGGAUUUGCAAAGACAACGAAAAGACAAGAAUUCCUUUCAAUCCGAUGAGUACACUGGAUGGGGAACAUUCAAGGUUCUCUUUGAUAUUCAAUUGGUAGAACGAGACAAGAUAUCUGGCUUGAUCCGGACUUGUACGGUUCGAUUGAGCCACGAGCUCGAAUUUACGCGAUGGCCAUUCGGGACUUUUGUGUCUUUGGAGACCAAGGAAUUGGCGUUGAUGCCAUAUUUUCCCAGCCGCAAUCGUGACCCCUAUGUUUCGGUGGUGGUGGAGGAAUACCUAUCCAAACCAACGCCAGGCGACGCCAUACCGGCGUACAUGUGUGGUAUUUCAUACCAACAGCUCUUGGAUCUGGACAGUACGGUAAAAUCCACCUUUGGAGAAGAAGAAUACCCCACAAAAACAAUGAGAGAUGUGUGCAAAGUAAUCAUCGAACCCAUCUGCAACAAAACCAACAAGUCGUAUGCACUCAGUGUCAACAAGGAUGGGCUUCUUGUGAAUGCAUUUACCUCACAUUCAUGGGACGGUUAUUUUGGGGACUUUGUUCAAGCAAUCAAAGAGGUGUAUCAAUGUACAAAGCCAAACCUUUGGGUAUGUGCAUUUGCUCUGUUGCAAGGAGGUGAGGACAAGAAGCAUUUGGUCAGCCAGCAGCUGGGCACCUCUUCGAAUCUCCCCUUGGAGAAUACACCCUUUGUGGUGGCACUGGAGGCGGCAACGGCACUCUGUGUGGUGCGCAAUUCCAGAGUGGAUGUCUAUAGUCGGAUCUGGUGUGUCUGCGAACUGAUGUACGCCAAAACGUUUAAUCUGUACCCGGAUCACACCAUUAUCACGGGACCCAAUGCAUUUGCGGACUGCGAGCAAACUACGGUUUUAGAUGCGAAAGCCUCUCGACUCGAGGACCGCGACAGAAUCUUGAAGGUUUUGCUGAAUGAGCACGAUCGAGCCGAUAUUGAUCGAAUCGUUCAUAGACUGAGAACACUCACAGACAGAGAAGAUGAUAGGCUCCUUCUUCGCGAACCCAUGGGAAGAGACCCGUGA